AUGGGUCAUGAUAAUGAUUUCCUAGAGCAGAGCCUCAGUGAUGUGGAGGAGGAGUUCCUCAGAGAAAUCCUGCAGCAACCGAUUCUCUCUUCUGAAAGUGAAACUCGAUCUUUUGUCCAGAAUGACUUCACCGCCACAUUUGCCGGUGCCCCCGCCGCCGCCGCCGCCGCCACAGACGGUAGCAGUUUAUCCUCAAAUGAGAUCGGAGGAGGCUCCAAUAGGCCUGUGAAAAGGCCUCGCCCAUUGUCCUCUCCAAGAACAUUCAUUUUAUCUUUCGAUAACUCGACCAUAAUACCAGCUACCCCAGAAUUGGUAAGCCUAGGAACAUGUUCUUCUAAAUCUAAUUCCCCUUUGUCCUCCAAAAAACGGAUCCUGGAAAAUCAAAACAUUGAACCAAAACCAAAGACCACACAAGGAGCGAAGAGGGGUAGGAGCGAUUCUCAGACUCUGGAUCACAUCAUGGCAGAGAGAAAAAGGAGGCAGGAACUAACAGAGAGGUUCAUAGCACUUUCAGCAGUUAUUCCUGGCUUGAAGAAGACGGACAAGACUAAUAUCCUUCGUGAAGCUAUCAAUUACGUUAAACAACUUCAAGAACGUGUAACGGAGCUAGAAGAGCGAAACAUGAGAGGCAAAGAAUCAAUGAUAAUCCUCAAGAAGGCUGAAGUUUGUGCAAAUGAAGAUAACACUUCAAGUGAAACAAAUUCCGAGGAUUGCUGCAGGGGCAGCGAAUUGCUACCUGAUGUUGAAGCAAGAGUCUUGGAGAAUGAGGUACUCAUUGAGAUCCAUUGCGAGAAGGAAAAUGGCAUUGAGCUCAAACUCUUGGACCAGCUUGAAAAUCUUAAUCUAUUUGUCACCGGCAGCAGCGUAUUGCCGUUUGGGAAUUCAACUCUUGGCAUUACUAUUAUCGCUCAGAUGGGUGACGCGUUUGGAAUGAGGGCGAGUGAUUUAGUGAAAAGCAUAAAGCAAGUGCUUUCAAAUCACAUAUCCAGCUAUACAGAUCCGUACUAGUGUAUCAAACUCGUGUGUGGACUUUGUCUGGGAAGUUUAACGUUAUGUGCACCUAGUUGCGCUUUAUGAGUUGUUACUUUUUUGUAACCUU